UAUCAUUAUUUAAAACAUUAAUCAUUCAAUUUUCCUGGAUUUCAUAAGUAACAUGGUUAGUUUUUCCAAGCAAUUAUAGAGAAGUGUGCUAUAAAAUGGAAUAAAAACAGAAAAAAAUACUAAUAAAUGAUGAUGGAUUCUGGAAAAUCACAAAAUCCCAGCCAAGGCUUACUUUACGAGAUAGCUCUACACACACUUUUUGCUUUAUCUGCAAUAAAAAACUACACAAAUUGGAAAAUAUCAAAUGAAGUUAAAUCCGCGGGAAAAUUUGAUGAUCUCGUAUUUGAAUCCGAUGAAAAGUGUAUGUUGUUACAAGCAAAAAUUCAAAGUGGUAUGAAGUACACUAAAGAUUUUAUGACAGUAAAUCCCAGAAAAAGUGAUUUCAGCAUCGCAAAGUAUUUUCUGUCUUAUUUAACUUUAAAGAAAUAUUUUAAAAUAACUCGUAACUCCUUAAUACUAUGUACUGCUGCUAAGCUGAAAGUUGCUGAUAUUAUAGAUGAAUUACCUGCUGACGAAAACGUGCAGAAUAUUUUUGGUCCCGAGGCAAAAAUGUAUAAAAUUAAAAAUGAAGAAGGAAUCGUUGAGCUUUUAAACACGAUAAAACAAUUUCAGAAUAAUAUUAGUAAUGCAGAAACCGAAAAAGACAAAAAAGAAUGGAAGCAUUUGGAUAUCAAUACAGAAGACAUCAAAUCAUUCAUAUAUUCUUUUGUUAUUGUUAAAAUUAAUCUCACUAACAUCAAAUUGGUAAUUGUAAGCAAAUUAAGUGAGCUCGAUUAUGAGUAUAAUUUUCGAAUAUCGUCAUAUGAAUACGUAAAAGAUCAUGUAGAAGAGUGGUCUCAUUUAUCAAUUAACAAUUUUGUGCCUAUGACAAAAGACUAUUUAAUGUUUAUUUUGUGUGGGGAAUAUAAUCGAAAUUUUCUUCAGAAGUCAGUUAAUACUAAAAUUUAUUUCAAAGAAAGUUAUCGGUUUAACUCACAUAAUAUUAUUUGUGUUCAGAUGUACGAUAAUACUGUUAUGCAUCUAUUAAAAAUUUUAAGAAGUAUUCAAGAAUCAGAAACGUUGUAUUUUCCUCAAAAAGAAAACACAUUAUGUUUGAUGCCAGAAAUGGAAAAUACAUUCCAUAAAAUGAAAUAUACAAUGCAAUAUAAAGUUAUAUGUGAUAUGAUAAACAUAUUUAGAUAUGACAAAAUUAAAUACUUAAUUGUUUCGUUCCUAUCACUUAAUGAAGCUCAAGUAUUAGAAUUAUAUGAGGAAAUAUGUACGAUUACUAAGAAACACCAAAAUAAAAAAGUAUUAUAAUGAUUAAAGAACAUUAUUUGGAAAACAAAGGAACACUAGCCAAAACAAUUCAUGAUAAAAUCUACUUUAAUUCACUAGCAACUGACACACAAAAAUACAUAUUAGACAAAAAAAUUUUGUUUCAAGGAGAAUUGGUAACAUUAAUGAAUUUAAUUAAUAAUACCGAAAAUAUUAUCUCAGAAAUUGAUAAACUUGAAAUCGACGAAUGUCUUAAAAAAAUAAUAUUUGACGAAGAUAAUUACUCGAUAGGUUAUAAUUUACAAACCCAAUCAAAACCUGAUGAAUUCUAUGUUGAAAGAAGCCUAAUAGCUAACUCGGAAGUAAUUGCGGAAACAAAGUUUUUCGAAAAAAUGGACAAAAAUAUAGUUGUUGUUACAGGUCCACCUGGUGCAGGCAAAACAACUUUCUUGAAACAAAUAGUAUCACUCAAAAAAGCUAAAGACAAAGUAGAUUCCAAAUUGACGUGGAUAAUUAAUGUUGAUUUAAAAAAGGCUAAACAAUUUUUCCGUAAGGAUAUUGAAAAAACCAUGAGUAAUCUAUUGUGUCACAAUGAAAAUAUAACUUCCGAUAGCUCCUAUUUAGCUCAUUCCGAAAGAAAACUUUUUGAGUCUAUGAAUAAAAUUUUGAUUAUAGACGGUCUUGACGAGAACUGUUCGGAAGAUAUCAAAAAAAUACAAAACUUAUUAGCAGAUUCCCUUCAGGCUUUGAAUAUUUCUUUGGUUAUUAUGGGCGCCAGAGAUUACGAUUUUAUCUUAAAAGAAUUAAAAGAUGUACAUAGUUGUGAGUUAGUUAGACUACUUCCGUUUUCACCUAGAGAUCAGUCUUCUUUUCUAAAAGAAUAUCUUAAACAAAUAAUACCUGUAAAUACAGAAAACGAUUUAUUUGAAGAGGUAAUAAUAGAAUUUGCUAUUGCAUUUUCAGAAUCGAUUUGUUCAACGCCAUUAUCGCUAAAAAUGAUUUCUAAAAUAAUAAAAAAUAAUAUAUUUAGAGGUGACUCUAUCGAAUCCUUAUCAAAGGUUUUUGACAAUUUUGCAAACGAAUAUUAUUUUUAUAAUUGCUAUUUAGAAGUGAGGAAAGACGAAUUUGCACAAGAUGACGAUAUAUACCGUCAAUCGUUUGAUAGGUAUAUACACUCAUUAAGAAAGUUAGCGGCUAAGAAUUUGUUUCCUGAUUUUCCUGAUCUUUUAGGUUUGCUUAAUGUUGAUGCUAGUUUUAAGAUUAAUAAAGAUGCUUUAAAUGUUGGAUUAUUAAAGGAAUCAGAUGAAGGAUAUACAUUUGUUCAUAAAACUUUUGAGGAAUAUUUUGCAGCAGAAUUGCUGUGGGAUUGUCUUUAUAAAAAAGACAUAUUCAUGAUUUAUUGCUCAAAGUUCUUAAUGAAGUGUUUUUAAACGAUCAAUAUGAGGGUGUUUCGAAUUUUUUUGAAAGAAUUCUGGAAAUUAGUCAAAAUGAAAAAAUGUCUGAAUUAUCUAUGGCAUAUAAUUUGGCACUUACUGAGGUAAAUUGGAAAAGAAAUAUAUCGCUGUUAUCUUAUCGGGGACGCUUGUUUAUUAUUAAAUUAGUUUUUGAUAAUUAUACUAAUUUUUAUCAUAUUUUAAAAACUAAAGGUAGGUCUGGAACAGAAACGGCUUUACUUAAUUCAUGUAUUCACCCAUCUUUAGUCAAAUACUUCGUAGAAAAGGGGGCAAAGAUCGAUAAAGCCAACGAUAUCGGUUUUAUUAUUCUAAAAUUCAUGUUUAGAAAGGUACGUAUCUACACGAAUUUAAGUUUUUAUCGUAAAAUGUUCGAUAUACCCAACUAUAACAAAAGUGCGGUAGAUUUACUUAAAUUUUUAACUAGAGAAUACGCAAUGAACUUAAACUUAUGUGAUCAGUAUGGAAAUACACUCAGUUACUAUGCAGCUGGUAGUAAUUCACUUGAAGCUAUAAAAUAUAUUAAAGAGCAAGGGGCAAAUCUAAACAUUUUCAACAUGAAUAAAUAUACACCUGUACAUAUAGCUGCUAACUCAGGCGCAUUAGAGGUCCUACGAUAUCUAGUAGAAGAUUGUAAAAUGGAUCUUACCGUUUCUGAUGAUAAUGGGAAUUUACCGGCUCAUAUGGCAGCUGAUGGUAAUCAGGUUGAGAUUUUAAGUUAUUUUAAAUCAAUUGGAAUUGAGUUAAAUCAAUGUAAUAAUGACAGACAGAAUUUAGUUCACAUAGCAGCUGCAGCUGAUGCAAUUGAUGUCCUAAAUUUUCUUAAAAAUGAAUAUAAUUUUUUUUUAAAUAUAGACUUAUGUGAUAAACAUGGAUAUACACCCAGUCACCACGCAGCUGCUUAUAAUGCACGUAAAGCUAUAAGGUAUCUUAAAGAACAAGGGGCAAAUCUAAGCAUUCCCAACAAGAAUAAAUCUACACUUGUUCAUAUAGCUGCUGAGUCAGGCGCAUUAGAGGUUCUACGGUAUUUAGUAGAAGAUUGUAAGAUGGAUGUAACCGUUUCUGAUGAUAAUGGGAAUUUACCGGCGCAUAUGGCAGCUGUUGGUAAUAGAGUUGAUAUUUUAAGAUAUCUUAAAUCCAUUGAAAUUGAGUUAAAUCAAUGUAAUAAUAAAGGAGAGACUUUAGCGCACAAAGCAGCUGCAGCUGAUGCAGUUGAUGUUCUAAAUUUUCUUAAAAAUGAAUGUAAAUUUUCCUUAAAUUUAGACUUAUGUAAUAAAUAUGGAUAUACACCCAGUCACCAUGCAGCUGCUUGUAAUGCACUUAAAGCUAUAAAGUAUCUUAAAGAGCAAGGGGCAAAUCUAAGCAAUUCCACAAUGAAUAGACAUACAGUUAUUCAUAUAGCUGCUAUGGUAGGCGCAUUAGAGGUCCUACGGUAUUUAGUAGAAGAUUGUAAAAUGGAUGUCGCAGUAUCUGAUAAUAAUGGGAAUUUACCGGCUCAUAUGGCGGCUGAUAGUAAUAAAGUUGAGAUUUUAAGGUAUCUUAAGUCAAUUAAAAUUGAGUUAAAUCAAUGUAAUAAUAAAGGAGAGACUUUAGUUCACCGAGCAGCUGCAGCUAAUGCAGUUGAUGUCCUAAAUUUCCUUAAAAAUGAAUGUAAUUUUUUUUUAAUUUUUCUUAAAUAUGGAUAUACAUUGAGUCACGACGCAGCUUCUUGUAAUGUACCUAAUGCUAUUAAGUAUCUUAAAGAGCAAGGGACAAAUCUAAGCAUUUCCGACAAGAAUAAAUCUACUGUUUUUAUUCAUAUAUAUUUAGAGAUUUUUUAAAAUAUUUUAUAAUGUGUGUGAUUGUCCUUUUUGUAACGUUUCAACCUAUGCAAUCUCACGACUAGUAAGUAAACAAAAUAAUUAUUAGAAGUACAUAAUUUUUAUAUUUGUAAAUUUUUAUAGAUGUCCUGAAAAAGAAUUAAAAUAAAUUCGAAAAGCUUGACAGUAAGUCGAAA